AAGGAGAACGCCCAAAGUACAAGCCACUGGUCACACAACUGGCUGCCCCUAAAAUCCCGGAGGGGGAGAGGGUGGAUUUUGAUGAUAUUCACAGAAAAAGGAUGGAGAAAGAUCUUCUGGAGCUGCAGACUCUGAUUGAUGUGCACUUUGAGCAGAGGAAGAAAGAGGAAGAUGAGCUGAUUGGACUCAAAGAUAGGAUUGAGAACCGCCGGGCAGAACGCGCCGAGCAGCAGCGUGUGAGGGCUGAAAAAGAGCGGGACAGACAGACACGUAUUGCUGAGGAGAGACAGAGGAAAGAAGACGAGGAGGCCAAGAAGAGGGCCGAAGAUGAGGCCAAGAAGAAGAAAGUGCUCUCCAACAUGGGGGCUCACUUUGGAGGGUUCCUGGCAAAGGUUGAGCAGCGGCGAGGCAAAAAGCAAACCGCGAGGGAAAUCAAGAAGAAGACUUUGGCAGAGAGACGCAAGCCGCUGGCUAUUGAGAACCUGCGAGAGGACGGCUUGAAAGAGAGAGCCAAGGAGAUGUGGGAAUCGAUCUACCUGCUUGAGUCAGAGAAAUUCGAGCUAACCGAGAAAAUGAGGAGGCAGAAGUAUGAGAUCAAUGUCCUACUGAACAGAAUCCAACACGCUCAGAAAUUCAAAAAGGUCCACGGUAAAGGGAUGGUUGGAGGCCGCUGGAAGUGAACUCACAAAAAAUGCACAAGAAAAAAGAAGAAGGGUCACUAGUUCAGAGCAAGGUUGCAGUUUUUUUUCAGUAAUCAACACGUGUUAAAACAGAUGAUAGAUGUGUGGCAUUUAUUGAAAAACAACCUGCUACAUUUUUAAUUAAUAAAAGGCAUGAGUA